AUGUAUGUACACAAUAAAUGGGCCAUCCGGGGUCAGAUCCUCAGCAAGCUGCGCCUGACCAGCCCGCCGCAGACCCUGGGCCAUAGUCAGGUGCCCUAUCAAGUGCUGGCCCUCUAUAACAGCACUAGGGAACUGCUGGAGGAGUUAGGGCGAGACAGACAUCAGAGCUGCGGCCAGGACAACACCGAGACCGAAUACUACGCCAAAGAGAUACACAAAUUCAACAUGAUCCAGGGCUCCCCUGAAAACAAUGACCUUCCCUACUGCCCCAAGGGAAUAACGUCCAAGGUUUUCCGCUUCAACGUCUCCAGCAUGGAGAAGAACGCCACCAACCUGUUCCGGGCAGAGUUCCGUGCGCUGCGUGUGCCGAACUCCAGCGCCAAGAGAAACGAGCAGCGCAUCGAGCUCUACCAGAUUCUUCGUCCCGAUGAACACAUCGCUAAGCAGCGUUACGUCGGUGGCAAGAACGUUCUGACUAAAGGAACGCCGGAGUGGGUUUCCUUUGACGUCACUGAGACCGUACGGGAGUGGCUCAUGUACAGAGAGACCAACCUCGGCCUGGAGGUCAGCGUUCACUGCCCGUGCCACACGUUCAGCCCCAACGGAGACAUCAUUGAGAACGUCAAUGAGGUGUUGGAGGUCAGAUUCAAAGGGAUGGACAGUGAGUACGAGGAGCAGAACCGCUGGGAUUUGGGUCGACUAAAGAAGCAGAAGGAGCAGCUUCUCCCUCAUCUGAUCCUGAUGAUGCUGCCGCCACACCGGCUGGACGUGCUGCCCACCUCUAGACGACGCAAACGUGCGCUGGACACCAACUACUGCUUCUCAAACUACGAGGAGAACUGCUGCGUUCGGCCGCUGUACAUCGACUUCCGGCAGGAUCUGGGCUGGAGGUGGAUCCACGAGCCGAAAGGGUAUCACGCCAACUUCUGCUCCGGGCCGUGCCCAUACCUCCGCAGCGCUGACACCACGCACAGCUCGCUGCUGAGCCUGUACAACACGCUGAACCCCGAGGCGUCUGCUUCCCCUUGCUGCGUUCCUCAAGACCUCGAGCCGCUCACCAUCCUCUACUACGUGGGCCGGACGCCUAAAGUGGAGCAGCUCUCCAACAUGAUCGUCAAAUCCUGCAAGUGCAGCUGAGGGGCCCGAGACCCCGGCACUGAGCCCGACGCGGGGUCCGGCGCUCGAGGGCCAACAGGAAGGGUGCGUGCCAGGAACUGGACUCUAAAUGAAUACCUCCGUACAUCCUUCUCACCCACAUCCAACCCGGGAGCCAGAGGCUUCUCUAAGAACUAGAAAGUUGCGUUCCAAGACGACUACGCUGCCCUACGAUCCCUCGGACUUCUAGUUUGACGUUUGAAGUGACUUCUCCACUUUUAAUGUGUAUUUUUUGGUCAGCUCUUUUAACAGUGAACCUCACGGGCAUUUGUGAACUCUGACCUUCGUAAGAUCCACAGAAGCGGCUUCACUGAGGACGACACCGAUCGACAUACACCGAGAGCGCCGACCCUUGUGUUUUCAUAUAACUCGUUUGAGCACG